AUGGGAUCAGAAAAGGACUCGGAGUCGUCUCACUCGUCGGUUAGCGGCGUUCCGGAACCCGAAGUGCCACGCUGCCAGCAAACACCAGAGCAGGAUCUCCUUCCACAGCCUCUUCCACAGGAAAACGGGGGAAGCAGCCUCCAGCACGCCGUCCAGACCGCUGUCCUCCAGCCAGCCGUCCUCGGGGGAGGGGAGUCCCACCUCCUGGAGUGCCCGCUGUGCCUGGUGCGUCAGCCCCCCGAGCAGCUGCCCGAGCUGCUGGGCUGCAGCCACCGCUCCUGCCUCUGCUGCCUGCGCCAGUACCUCCGCAUCGAGAUCACGGAGAGCCGGGUCCAGCUCAGCUGCCCCGAGUGCGCCGAGAGGCUGGCCCCCCGGCAGGUGGCCGACAUCCUGGACGACGCGGCCCUGCUGGAGAAGUACGAGGAGUUCCUGCUGAGGAGGUGCCUCGCCUCGGACCCGGACUGCAGAUGGUGCCCGGCGCCGGACUGCGGGUUUGCAGUCAUCGCCUCGGGCUGUGCCAGCUGUCCACGGCUGGUUUGUCGCAGAGAGGGCUGCGGCGCGGAGUUCUGCUACCACUGCAAACAGGCGUGGCACCCCAACCAGACCUGCGACUCGGCCCGGCAGCAGAGGGCCCAGUCCCUGCACACCCACUCCCCCAGCUACACCCAGGACCAGGGCCCCGCUGAUGACAUCAAGCCGUGCCCUCGCUGUGGCGCUUACAUCAUCAAGAUGAAUGAUGGGAGCUGUAAUCACAUGACCUGCGCCGUCUGUGGCUGCGAGUUCUGCUGGCUCUGCAUGAAGGAGAUCUCCGACCUGCACUACCUCAGUCCAUCUGGCUGCACGUUCUGGGGCAAGAAGCCUUGGAGCAGGAAGAAGAAGAUCUUGUGGCAACUAGGAACUCUGAUCGGAGCUCCGGUCGGCAUCACCCUCAUCGCAGGCAUCGCAGUUCCCGCCAUGGUCAUCGGAAUUCCGGUUUAUGUCGGACGCAAGAUUUACGCCCACUACGAACUGAAGAAAACUUCUCACCAUAAAAGGAAUCUGGCCAUCACAGGGGGCGUGGCCUUGUCCAUUAUCACGGCUCCCGUCAUCGCGGCCGUCAGCGUCGGAAUCGGCGUUCCCAUCAUGCUGGCGUACGUCUACGGCGUCGUUCCCAUUUCUUUGUGUAGAGGAGGCGGCUGCGGCGUGAGCAGAGGGAAGGGGCGUGGCGUACGGAUCGACUUCGAUGAGGAUGAUGGUCCAAUCACGGUGGCCGACGCGUGGCGAGCCCUCAAGUCGCCGAGCCUCGGAGAGAGCAGCCUGGACGGAGCGGUGAGCGGUCUGAGCACCACCUCUCCCAGUGAAGGGCUCUCCGGGAUGCCCGGAAAUCUGGGCGACACGCCACACUUCAACACGCUGGCGGGCGGUGCCCUGGGGUCUCGCACCAGCAAAUACAGCAGGUUGGAGGUCCAACCAGGAGAACUCAAUAAGGAAUCGUCCCAGAGAGAGACGGGAAGCCUGGGAGCGGGAAGCGACUGUGCCAGCACCAGAGGGAUGGCUGGAUCCAUCAUCUCCUCCUACACCUUACCUGACAGGGAGUGCACCAACCUGGAGAUCCAGGUGGACAUCGAGACCAAACCCAGCCAUCUCUGCCUGACCAGCGAAGAGGACCUCGCCCCACAGCCGGGCUCUGCUGCUAUGGCAACCGCCUCAGGAGGGGAGGAGCCUCAGGACUGCAGCUCCAGAAGGGGCGGAGCUUUGUGCGGCUCAGUGUUGGGACUGUCCCAGGGAGCGUCCAUUAGGGAGGGGCUCAGAGACGUGACUCUGGCUCAGCCGGAGAGCAUCCGCAGCGACCUGGAGAUGUCGGACACGCAGUCGGACGACAUCGCUGAGCUGACGUCGGACGACUGCGACUCGCCGCACCCGAAGAGCUGUCAGGCGUCGCAGGCCCCGUCCUGCCGAGCCCUGAACCCCCCCGCCGACGGCCUCCUCUGUCCCGCUGACAGCAGCGUCAUCCUCUACGUCUGAGAGAGCGGCGGCUCUCGGAGUGCACAAGAACUAAAACCCGAACAUUCACAUUCAGAGCUUUCCUCCUCGUCAGCAGCUUUCUCGUCUCGUCGGGACCUCGGACGGCGUUUGUUUACUCCCAUUCUGUCUUAUCGAUCUACCUGCCAGGGUCAUGGUCAGGGUUCUACCUCUGAGAUUUGUAAGAUGAUGACUAAUGUUUACUUCUUGGUGCAAAAUGCCUUGGCUACUUAAGCAAAAACAGUACAAAAUUGUAAGAAAAUGUGCAAAAUGAAAGGAUGACAAAGUCAAAGCAGACAGCAGCCGUGUCUACGGAGAUGAGAGCCGGCGUUUGUGACGACGUGGGAUUGGAUGAGGCUUUGGUUUUCCUCCAGACGCUCGGAAGCCGUAACGUUUUUGUUCUGCGGCGUGCACGAACGUGCGUUCGUGAGCGAGAGUGCGCCGUUUUCUUGCCUGUUUGGUUUGAAACAGCAGCGAGUUUGUUUCACGUUUACAAAGCAGCACUGGAAACUCGCCGUCCUGCACAAUGAGGAAGGCGGUCGGAACGUCGGGAACAGGAGUGUCCGAGAGUUCUGAUAAAGAUGGGAAAGAUGUAUUUAUUCUGCAUUUAUCAGAUUUUGUCGUAAAAAAAAACUUGACAGAAUCUAAAAGGAGAGGUCUGUAUUAUUUUUAUUACGUUUUUAUCGCGAGGUCCUCUGAUGAUCGGCUGGACGAUAUUGUUUAAAAAUAAAAUUGCGACAUUGUAGGGAUUUAUCGCGAUAUGUUGUGAAAGUUUUCUUUUGGCCAUUGAAUUAAUGUUUAAUUCAACACUAUCACACAGACCGUGAUAAUUGUGAUUACGGUGAACAACCAUCGCAUCGGUCUCGUGUCGAACUCUGCUGAUUAGUGCCUGCUGGCCAGCUCGGUGUGGGGAACGGCUGUGAACAUUCGGACCUGGAAUUCGGUAAAUCCGGCUGCCGUCGGGACUCUCGGUUUGGUCGUGAUGCGGGUCAUGUGACCAGGUGGUGGACUGACAGCGGGCUGACCCCGCCCUCCUCGACUGGCUUUGGUGUUGUUUACGUGGGAGCGAAUGUUUUUGUUUUGACUGAGCACUUUUGCACUUUAUCUGAGCGAAUCGUAUUUAUGUUUUUUAUUUUGGGUUCUCGCUGUGACCCAGUUCACUCGAGUUGCAAACGAAAGUCUGUGGUACCAAAUCAACCCUCCUGUUCUGAAACAAGCCUUCAAAACAUCCACUUAAUCAGUAUUUUGACUUCAGUUACGUGAAGUUUUUACCUGUGCUGCGAUGCAAAGACUUAAUUUAUUGUUUGUUUUCCUGAGUGUUGUGAUUUUUACGCCGGUGUGACGUUUUUGGUUUUGGAGUCGAACACUGACACCGAUAAGCUUUUCCUCUUAGCUUUGAUCACCUCUGUGCUUCUGUUGGAAAGGUUUCCCUUUCACCUCCAAGGGAUCAAAAUCGGGAGCCUUUUUUCAUCUCGGAGUAGCUUUAUAUCGCUGCUGACGUGGCUUGCCGCUGCUUUUCCACACCUUUCUGUGCGACACCACGUGAAUGUACCACAGACAGGAACUUCCUGAAAGAGUGUGAGUGUUACGGCCUGGUAGGAGCGCCAGUGGUUCCGUAGACAGCAAUAUCUAAGUGUUGUUAUUGUUGUUUUGACGAUGUGGCGUGUGUUUUCCUGUCUGCGGUAAAGGCCCAAAGGGCCUCUUCACGCAGGACUGGAAGCUUUUGGGGACAACAAAUAAAUAAUAAACACAACUGAUGUUGCACCAAG